AUGUAUCCUGAGUCGUAUGAUACAAAACGCCGGGAAUAUACUCUUGGCAAUUACGUCGUCUACAUUCUUGUUGAAGCUGAACCAAGCUGCAUUCAUCUCACUGACCAAGAAGGGAACCUACCUUUGCAUUUGGCUGCCAGUGGAGACCACGUGGACGUGAUUCGGGCACUCUUGGAUGGAAACGCCAACAUCGACUCUAGAAACGUCAGACGAUGGACUGCGCUAGACGCUGCCGCUGCAAAUGGAGCAAUCAAAGCUGUAAAUAUGCUGAUAAAGCUGGGCUGUUCUGUUGAAAAUCCGGAAGAUGCUGCAGUGAGCAUGAGUAUAACUAAUUUUUUAUCAUAUUAUUUAUUUGGCGAUCAAAACUGUUGUCUUUAUCAAAAAGCUUGCACAAUUUGGCUAUCGGAAAUUCAUCUUAUUGGAACAAAUCUCGUAUAA